UCUAGGUCAAGCCGCUAGAUUUUAUUUACUCGAAAGGAUGGUUUUCGAGUCGAUUGUUGUAGAACUUAUCAAUAGGUACUUAGGCUCAUAUAUAGAAGCACUGAAUGCAUCUCAACUAAAAAUUGGUCUUCUUGGAGGAAAUGCUCAGCUUGACAACUUGGACAUCAAAGCUAAUGCUUUCGAUGAUUUGGAUUUACCUGUCAAAGUCUUGCAAGGUCACAUAAGUUCCUUAACUCUUAAAAUACCUUUUAAAAAUCUGUUCACGGAACCUACUAUUGCUGAGUUAACGGGGCUUUAUGUUCUCAUUGUCCCAAACAUAGCUAUGAAAUAUGACGAAGCGAAAGAAAAGCGCUACGCCAAAGAAUUGAAACAAAAGGAGCUAGUUGGUUUGGAGACGGCUCGUUUGAAACCUAAGAAUUCGAAUGACUCCAAAGCAGAUUCUUUUGGUGAAAAGUUAGCAGCACAAGUCAUCAAAAAUCUACAAAUUUCCAUCAAAGAUAUUCAUAUACGAUAUGAGGAUAGUUUUAGUAUCCCAAAUCGUACUUUCUCUCUUGGUCUAACCUUAAGUGAACUAACAUUUCAGACGUGCGAUAUUAACCAGAAGCCUAUUUUUAUCAAGGAUGAGUCCAUUCGUCAAUUCAUUAAAUUUGUAAAACUUACAAGUCUUGGUGUGUAUUGGAACCCAAUGUCCACGAAGUUUGCAGAAAAAGCAAAAGUUCCUCUUCGGAGUGCUAUGCGCAACUCAAUCGCCAGCCCAGAUAAUCUUAACACAGGCUUUCAUUACUUGGUAAAACCGAUUUCGUCCACGGCAAUGCUUCAUAUUCACACAAGACCAGAGGAGACAAAUUACUCUAUACCACAGAUGGACUUGGUUAUUAACUUUGCCGAAAUAGAAUUGUGUUUUAGCCUUUCUCAAUACCAUGAUAUUACUUGUUUUUUGGAAGCUCAGGACAGAAUAGUAACCCAGGGGAAAUACCGUAAAUACAGACCGUUGACGCCGAUUUCACAGAAUUACAAAGUCUGGUGGCAGUUUGCAUACAACGCUGUUUUGGAGGAGUCUGUUCGUCGUAGACGUCUCAUGUGGUCAUGGGAACAUAUAUCAAAACAUAGAAAAAUAUCGAGAGAGUAUAUUGCAAUCUGGAGAAAAAAGCUGUAUGGAGAUAAACUCAGUCAGGCUCAGUUAGCUAAUUUAGAGGCAUAUGAAGAGUUUCUGGAUGUUUUCAAUAUUGUAUUAUGUCGACAACAAGCUGAACUUCAGUUUAAUGCUUCUAAACAGAAACAGGAUCAAAAAGCUAAUUCAAAGAGUGGUGGUUGGUUUAGUUGGUUUUCACGUGGUUCUGCCGUUGGAUCAGAUGAUGUGGAAAGUUCGUCAGAAGGUGAUUUAAUGAAACGUUUGGAAACUGAAAUGACAUCAGAAGAAAAGGCACAUUUAUUUGCUGUUAUUGAUUAUUCAGAGUCAGCAGCGUCAGGUGUUUCUGGUUCUGCAAUUAAUUUCCCAAUAAGUUAUGUAUCAUCUUCUAUUGCUGUUACUUUAAGACAACUUAGUUUAGUACUUCUAGAUGAUAAAUUAAGUGAUCCUAAUGUGCUGAAAUUCUCCGUGAAUAAACUCACUGCCGAUGUUAAACAACGUGCAGGUGACCAAGCUUUAGCUGUCUCAUUACGAUUGGAUAGUCUUGAAGCUUUAGGUGCUCAGCCAACAUUAAAAGAAUCUUGUCUUGCUAAAUCUUCAAUCAAGCCUGUUCUGAUAACAAGUCAUGUAAAUCAGUUACUAUCCAAUGGCAAUAACCAAGCCGGUACUACAUCGAAGCCCAGUCAUCUACUCUGUAUUGACUUUGAAAAGAAUCCUCUUGAUCGCAAAGCUGAUCAAUGUAUUUCAAUUCAAGCUGAUGCAUUGCAAAUAGUUUACGAUGCUGAAACUAUCAAUAGAAUUGUUCAUUUCUUUACUCCACCAAAAGAUGUUUAUCUACAAGAGUUAUCUAAUACAGUGCUGUCAUCUUUCGAAGAAGUUAAAGAAGUGACUACGACUGGUCUGAAACAUCUGGCCACUAAUCGAUCUUAUACAGAUGUUCAUAUUGACGUUAAACCAAGUUAUUUUAUAUUACCAGAUUCUGGGAUAUACAGAAGCGAUUGCCGUCUGUUGUUGGUAGAUCUUGGAAGUUUUACGGUUGAUUCAAGUCGUACAUCAGUUCCACCAGUGUGCAAAACAGUACGAGAUCAAGCUUCAUCAAAUGAUGAAAAUAAAAAUGGUUCUACAGGAAAAACUGAUGCAAAAGAAUCCAUUUCGAAGAUUUCUGGUCAAUUGAAACAUAAGUCUGGGAAACUAACAUUUGAUGAAUUAAAAGAUGAGGCCUAUGAUAAAUUUAACAUUAAUUUAUCAUCCGUUCAGGUUAUAAUGGUUAAUGAAGGCGAUGAUUGGAGAGUUUUACGGAAAAUGAAUAAAUCAUCAAAUCAUAUAUUAAAACCUUUAGCUUUGAGUUGUACACUGAAACGGUGUUUACUACGAAACGAUGUGAAUUUACCAAGAGUUAUUGUUGAUGGUUGUCUACCGGUAUUCAGCGUCGAUUUCACAGAUGCAGUUUUAAAAUCAUUAUACGAAUUAAUUGUGAAUGUUCCAUUUCCAGAAGCAGAUAAAAGUCUUACUACACCUGCAAAUCCUGAUGAAUUAUUAAAAGAUGUUGUAGUUUUGCCUAAUUCAAUAAUGCCUGGAUCUGUACUAGCCACUAGAGAUUUGCUUAGAGUUACACGUCAACUUAGUCGAAACGAUAGUGAUUCUACUUUGAGCAGUUGGGCGUCAGAUACUGCGGAUGAUGAUUUACGUGAAGAAAGUGAACACGAUCGAAUCAGUCAACAAUCAAAACUAGAAAAUUAUACUUCUAAUGUAAAUGAUGAUCCUCACAGUAGUCAGCUUAUGGAUAAAAACAAGUCUAAGGCUAUACGUCAACGUGAUCAAUCUAAUUUACGUCGUAAACGAGCAAAAUUAAUUGAUUUAAAAUUAGAUUUUGUUAUACGUAAAAUUGAAAUUCAGGUACUGGAACGUCAAUUAAACUCGCAAGAUAAAAAUAUUGAAGAUCGUUUAAUUUUAUCUUUCAAUAUUCAUGAAGUUGGUACCAGUUUAAUUAAACGACGUUGGACACAAGAAAUUCAGGCUCAUAUUGGCACUUUAUCAGUCGCUAUUCCACAGUUUACUUAUAGAGAAACAAAUGAACCAGUCUAUUUAGCACGUACACAACGUCAUGAAGAAACAGGUCAUCAUUUAUUAGCAGUUCAAUUUAUCAUCGCAGAGAAGAAUGCUCCUGAUUUUGAUACAUACUAUCAAAAUACACGUCAUCGUUUACAAUGUGAUUUCAAAGUGUUGGAUGUAUAUGUUCAUCAAGAAGCCACUCUAUUAUUAAUGAAUUAUUUCAACAAUCUACGUAUAUCAUUAUCUAAGCAAUUAAAAGAAAUUGGAAAUCCAUCUGAAAUUGAAUGGGCUAGUAGUAUUGGAGAUACAGAAGGUUUAAAAAAAGCAAAACUACGCGAAAGAUUAGAAAAUGAAAUGGAACAACAACUUCCUGGACGUUUAACUGCUGCAGAUGCUGUAGGAAGUCAUAUUGCUCGUAAAACUGAACGUCGAAAUAUACGUUUGGAAGCCGCUUCUUUAGCACAGAAAACAGGCAAAAUUGCAGUUAUUCGCGAAUUGAAUAUUACACAAUGGAUGGUGAAUGCAACAUUGGACAAAGUGAAUGUUACAUUGGGCUCUAAAGAAACCGAUUUAUUUUCAACUACCGUUAACGGUCUUCGGAUUGAUGUUCGUACAACAUAUAAUACUAUAGAAAUUUCGGCAAUACUUUCUGAAUUCAUUUUAAUUGAUCGUAUCGUGAAUACAUUCUAUCGUAAGAUUUUAUGGGUUGAUCCGACAGAAAAUGUUGUUUCUUUGCAAAUUACACAUUUUCAAGAUAAUACCCAGUCUGUUGAGAAUUCAAUAGAUCCAGACAAAGUAGACUUGGCUAUCAGUCUUCAGAUAGGGAAAUUACAUUCUAUCUUCUUAUAUCAUUUUAUUACACGUGUAUUGAAUUUUAUGGAAGCCUAUCAAGAAGCAGCUGAAAUGAUGUUAAAUAAAUUUCAAGCUUUAUCGGAUGCAGCAGUUCAACAGGUUCAUGAAGCAGUUGAUAAUUCUUUUCAAACUCGUCUCAGUUUAAAUAUUGUUGCUCAAGCACCAGUUAUAUAUAUGCCACAACACUCAUUGUCAAAUGAAUCUUUGAUGAUUGAUUUUGGGCGUAUCACAUUAUCAAAUUAUUUUGAAUUUGUCAAUCCUUCAAAAGUAUUGCCUGAUACAACAAUUCCAGUUCCUGAUCCCGGAAUCAUGUUGGAACAUAUGGUGGUUAAGUUGGAAAAUUUACGAUUAUCAAGAGUAGUGCUAAAAGACAGUUCUGUUCAAGCCGAGAAACACGUUUUACUUCCAAUUAAUGUUGAACUGAAAACUCGUCGUAAUCUCAAUCCAAAUAUAUAUUCCGCUAUACCUAUCCUUCUUGUCAAUGGUGGAUUAAAUGAAAUUAAUAUUUCUCUUUCUCAAGGCGAUUAUCGUGUUCUUCAAGAAGUACUUUUUGAUAAUUUUAAUGAUAUACCAUCGUCUACUAAAGGAUCUGUAAAAACAACACCUGUUACUACAGGUUCCUCUGCUAAGUCUACUAACAAAAAGAAUAAAACACAACAAAAAGUUGAAGAGAAAAACACUACAGAAAAUGAUAAUCCAGUCAAAAUUGCAGUCAGUUUUGAUUUAGGAAUGAAAAGUGUCAUUCUUAAUUUGUACACAUGUGAUCAACCAAUAGCAGAAUGGCAUAAUGAUUUCCCGGAAGACAAACGAUUGGCUACAUUCAAUCUUAAACAAUUCAAUGUAUCUGGUCAAAUGGCUUCAGAUUCAUCAUCUCAAUUCAUCGCUAAACUUAAUGAUAUUAAAUUACAAGAUAGUCGACCUGGUUCAGAUAGACAAAUUACUAAAGGUCAAAUUUUAAGAGUUUUAGAUCAUUCUACUACCAAAGAUAACCGUCAUAAUGAAUUAAUCUAUAUUGAAUUUAAUCAAGAUGCAUUACUAAACAGAAAAAUUCAAAUUACUCUACGAAGCAUUCACUUGUGUGCUUCAAUGGAUUAUCUUAUGUCUUUACUGGAUUUUCAAAUGAAAAGUACACCAACACUGAAAAGUGAAUCAAAUAAUUUAACAUAUGUUUCGGAUAAAUCCAAACAGAAACGGUUAAACAAUUCUUCAAUUACAAAAACUGAUGCUAAGAAAACGGAAUUAUUACCAACAGCAUAUCCUUUUAAUCUGGAGUUAAAAAUUCAUAUAGAUAAUCCUGAAUUAGUUCUUGUUGAAGAUAUUUAUAAUGUUGAUAGUAAUGCAAUUAAACUUACUACUGAAUUAAGUUUUGGUUACAACAUGCAACAGGAUAUGGUUGUUAUAAAUGCUUUAAUCAACGGUUUGUCUGUUGCUGCCUGCCCUUACAAUGAAACAGUUGGUGGGCCAUUUUCUAAGGAGAUUUUAUCGCCUUGUGCUUUGAGUUUUUAUGCAUCUCAACCAAUUAAUGGUAGUUUACAUGGAACAUUACAUAUGGAUACUUUAACGAUCAAUAUUAAUCCAAACACAAUCAGAUUAUUAUCAGCAAUUUCUUCAUCUGUUCAAUCAUCUCUAACCACUGAUAAAAAUCCAGAUAUUUGUGAAACCGUUUCAAAGGUUGAAUCUAUGAAAGGUGUCAGUUUAGAUCAUUCGGAUGAAAAAUCACUUACUGAGUUUUGGAAACCGAUUCAACUGAACGAAUUAAAUAUGCCCUAUUUAGGAUUGACAUCAGAUGCAAACGACAAAAUUGAAUGUGUUGAACAUGCUUGUGAUGUUGCGAAAGUUGUCGGAGAAAUGGAGAACCGCCGCAUAGAUAUCAUAAAUAUUCGAUUAAAAACUAUUCGAAUUAUACUGGAAUCUCAAUUAGAUACAAAAUCUAUGCCUAUGCUUGUUCUUGACUCCACUUUAGAUGCAGUUCUAACUAAACCAAUUACAAAUCUCGAACUAAAGUUUCUAAUAGAAUUAUCCUUAUCAUAUUACAAUGAUUCACUUAAUCAAUGGGAACCAUUGAUUGAAACUUUACCAGAAGAAGGUGAUCGUAUGUGGUCCCUUCAAUUGGAAAUAGUCAGUAUUGAUAAUAGGGCCCAAUGUUUAACCGAUGAUGACUGGGAGAAUGUUGGUUGUCUGCAAGAAUCAAGGAAUACAAUGUUAAUUCUGUCCAGAGAUAAUUUAGAAAUCACUAUAUCUAAAACUGCAUUAAAUAUGUUAAGUAACUUGGGUCGUUCAUUUGAAGCAGCCUAUAAGUUGAAAAAUAUCAAAUCGAAAUACGAUGAUUCUACCAAUCAAGUUAUAGCACCCUAUCGAAUUGUGAAUAAUACCGGUUGUCAGCUGGUGUUACGAUAUAAUUCUCAAGCUCUAUCGUUGACUCACUUCAACAAUGACAAUACAAUGACUACAGGGGAAUCUCUUCAUCAAACACCAUCGGGAUCUAACAAAGCGGUUGUUUCAAAUACUGAACAUGACAUAGUAACAUAUCAAAAUUCGAUUUUACUUAAUUCACAACAAGAAAUUGGAUUUACUGAGUUGUCUAAAACUGACAAAAAUCAGUCCAUUGUUUCUUCAUAUAAGGAUUCGCGUCACCAUAUUUGGAUUUCUCUAUCAGAUACAAGUCAUAAACCUGGCAGUUUCAUAUCAAAUUCGGAAGUUGUUUUUCAAUUAUAUCGAGGUGAUAGCGAAUUGCUUUGUUUAUCAAAAGAUCCCAGCAAUGAAAAACCUACGAGUUCAGAUCGUAGAAGUACCAUUUAUCCUAUCAUUGCUGAUGUUGAAGCAUGUCUGGGAGUGAAAUCGAUAACCUUUCGUUCAACUGUUCAGGUCUUGAAUAAUACUUCUGAACGUGUUUGUAUCUACUCACCUUUAAUAAAAUCAUCUGUAGCAAAUCAACUACCUGGUUUAUUAACAGUUAUUGACGCCGGUCAGUCAUAUUCACUUCCUGUAGAAAUCGUUAAUUCUCGUCAACAAACAGGGAUAUUUAUUGGACCGGAAUAUGAAAAACCAGUCAUUUCAGUGACUCCUGCUUAUUGGCCAGAAUUUGCUUGUGGAGUUGAAAAAUACACUCCAAGUAAUACAGAUACUCACUUACCUUUUCUUGCACCAUACGCUCAAACAGUAUCGUCUACAAAUAUAGAAUAUAAAAUAUCCACUUCCUCUCAAUUUAAAUGGCCCAAUCAAUUAAUUGAAUGUCAUACAAACAGUAGUAGUAUGAAUAAUAAUGGUAUAGUAUACUUUUAUAACGUUGCUGUUGUAAAUCAUAGUGAUCAGGAUAAUCGUUUUGACAAUAAUAAUAAUGAUAAUGAUAAUACUGGCAACAAUGAUCAACAGCGUAAAACAUCAUUAACUGAAGUGGCCGAUGAAUUACGUGCAACUCAAAAGAAAAUGAUCCAAGGAGAUAAAUUAAGCGUAACACAUUGUGAUUUUCAAAUGAUUAUCCAAACUGCUGUAGUUUUGUACAAUCAACUGCCGUUCCCAAUUAGUUUUAUAUUAACAGAUAUUACCGACACAAUUUCUGCCGGUAGUCAUUAUGCACUGAAGACUGCACCACCAAAUAGGGCACAAAUUGAAAUUUCAUUCGAAUACACUGGUAGCAUGUAUCGAGGCAAACUGGAAUUACAUCCACAAAUGGAAGAGUAUUGUGUCAUUGAAUUCGAAUCGCGUAAAGAAUACGAAGUGUUUAACUUGCCUUUAGGAUUACAUCGUACUUCAAAUCUGGGACAAAUAUGUUUAACAUUGUAUGCACCAUACUGGAUGAUAAAUAAAACUGGAAAAGAUUUAACAUAUAAAUCUGUAGAUGAUGUAGAAACUGUUCAUCCAGGUACUUUUACUGGUGCAUUACUCUAUUCAUCUUUGUCUAAAUCAUUUUUUGGCAAACGAAAAAUACAACGAAAUCAUAGUUUUAGUUCAUUCUGUUCUGAUGAAGACGAUGAAAAUGAACAAUUACUCGCUUCAUCGCAUCAAGUAUUACAACCAAAUAUGUCUAUAUCUAAUAAUAACAACUAUGAUGUAGUGAAUCAUGGUACAGAAGAAAUAACAACAUUGGAUCAUUCAGUUCCAACGGCAACAACAUCAUUCAAUCGUAAAACUAAAUCAAAACAUUCUAAAAAUAACUCAUCAUCAUCUAGAAAAUGGUGGCAUCUUUCUAGAUGUUGUCGAAAUUCUUGUAAUUCAAGUUGCUGCUGUCGAAGUAUGUCAAGAAAACGUAAAACUCAUACAUCGACAACUCGUGGAGCUGGUGAUGGUCGCGCAUUGAAAUUCGACAGUAAAAUACAGGCUAAUCUUCGUGUAUGUGAAUCGAAUUGGUCAGAUAAAUUCUCAUUGGAUACAGUUGGUAGUUCAGGACGUGUACAUUGUACAACAAAGUCAAAAAUGUCGUAUGAAAUUGGAGUGAAAAUCGAUCUAUCUAGUUCUGGUUUAACAAAAAUUGUUACAUUUAUGCCUUAUUUCAUAAUUAUCAAUAAAGCUAAUAUAAAUAUCGAGUGUUGUGAAGUGGAUGAAACUGAGACAAAAUCUACACAGUCCACAAAUACAGAAUGGAUAAAAGUUCCAGCUGGUGAAGCUGUACCAUUUUGGCCACAUGCAGCAAAUUCAAAGAAUAUGUUAUUAAAAUGUCGUGUAGCAGAGAAUAUUGUGACUGCAGCAUUUCCAUUUUAUGAAUCACAUUCAAUAUUAAUGAAAUUAGACGAAAAAUACCCUGGUAUAUUUGUUGAAGUGGAGACAACUGAAGAAACAACUGUAAUCACUUUGCAAAUGUAUCAAGAAGGUAUGGCUUUAGUGCGUCUCGUCAAUAAUCUAAAUGAUUCACAACCAGUGUUCUAUCACCAAAGUGGACUUCAACAUACAGUUCAUCGGUUAGAUGCUGGUAUGUCUAUCAUGUAUGCAUGGGAUUGUCCUCAAGCAAAACGUGAAUUAAUUUUCUAUUGUAAUGAAACCGAUAAUCGUCAUUCAAAUAAGUUAACUUAUGACUCUAUUGAAGAAUUUAAAGUGAAUAAUACCAAAGCAUAUUUGGUUUCAUUUAUGUGGAAUAUGCAACGUGUUUUAUUAUUUACACAAAAUGCAAGUGUUGCUAAAAAUGCUCGAUUAAGUUCUGAUCUUGAACCGAUUGACCAAGAAAUUGUUAUUUCUCUUCAAUCAAUUGGUAUUUCAUUAGUUGAUAAUCAUUCACGAGCAGAAUUAGCUUAUGUAUCUAUUACAAGUUCUGGUGUUCGGUGGAGUCAGAUAAAACGUGGCAAUCGUUUAAAACCAUUACAACUGGCUUUAAGCGAAAAUUUAGAACGCGCUUAUACCAAUUUUGUGAACGCAUCGAAUGAUGCAGAUAAAGUUGGACUCAGCAUUGUCAAAUUAACUGAUACACAUCAACCAAUAGAAGUAGAUUUCAAUCGGAUGAUUAUAUUGAAACCGGAUCAAUAUGGGAUAACACGUGCAUUUGAUCCGGGUGUAUUCUUGCAGUAUAAAUCAUCUAUUAGUCAAAUGCAAUUACAUGCUAAAUUGUUUAGAUUACAGAUUGACAGUCAACGACUUGAUUCUAAUUUUCCUGUGGUAUUGUCAGCUUUUCCUCAGCCGAAAUCUGUGGCACUUGAUUCAGGUGUUAAACCGUUAUUUGAAUGGUCAGCAAUUAUUGGACGUACAGCGAAUCCGGGUUCAUUUCGAUUUAAAUACUUCCAUGUUCUUAUACAAGAGAUGCAACUUAAACUUGAUCAAGGCUUUCUUUAUGAUAUAACCAAUUUCUUUGCUUCUUCUGUAACCCAUACAUCUAAGGUGGAAUCUUUAAAGGAGGAAGCGUUCAAACAUGAUUAUCUUUUGAUCACUAGUAAAUUGAUUGAUUCACCAGUUGUACAAGCUCACUUGCAAGAUGGGAAUCGAUCCAUUUUUGAUAGUUUUCAUAUUUCACCGAUCAAAGUACACGUCAGUUUUUCUCUUACUGGUAGUACAGAAGGAAAAUCGUCGGCUUUCCCGAGUGAAGUACUUAAUCUUUUCUUGCAAUCUCUUGGUGUAGCAUUAACUGAAGUACAAGAUGUAGUUUUCAAAUUGGAUUAUUUCGAACGUCAAGCAUGCAUCAUGACAAUUAAUCAAAUGAGUACAGAAAUUACACAUCAUUAUGUUGGCCAAGGUGUUAGACAAAUGUAUGUACUAGUUUUAGGAUUGGAUGUAUUAGGUAAUCCAUUCGGUGUAUUACGAGGCUUAGCUCAAGGUGUUGAAGAUCUCUUUUAUGAACCAGUAAAAGGUGCAAUUCUUGGUCCGGAAGAAUUUGCUGAAGGUGUCACCCUAGGUGUACGAAGUUUGCUUGGUCAUGCUGUAGGUGGGGCAGCUGGUGCAGUUUCACGUAUAACUGGUACACUCGGUAAAGGUAUCGCUGCUCUAACUCUAGAUGAAGAUUAUAAACGUAAACGUCGUGAACAGUUAGCACGGCGUCCAGAAACAUUUGGUGCUGGUCUAGCUCAAGGUGGUCGAGGUUUAUUUAUGGGUGUAUUUCAUGGUGUUACUGGAGUGGUUACAAAACCUUUCGAAGGGGCUAAAAAGGAAGGAGUUGAAGGUUUUUUCAAAGGCUUUGGCAAAGGUCUUGUUGGUGCAGUAACUCGUCCAGUUUCUGGAGUUGUUGAUUUUGCUAGCAGUUCAUUUGAAGGAAUUCGCAGAUUAGCUGAUACAACACAAGAAGUUUCACGUGUUCGUCCUCCUCGGUUUAUUCGUUCUGAUGGGAUUAUAAGACCGUAUGAUAAACGUGAAGCUGAUGGUCAUCUUAUUCUUAAACAAGUAGAUAAAGAUGGUAUUUUUGGUCAAUAUCUAUUCCAUAUUCAUUCUGUUCGUGGAAAUAGUGCAUUAGUUUUAACAACAAACAACCUACUAAUCAUAGAAUCAAUGGAUUUAUUGGGAACAUUUUCAGUUGAUUGGAAAACUCCAUUAGAAAAUUUAUCUGAGGUACCAGUUAUCAACAAAAGUGGAAUCUUGAUUAAUUUGAAAGAAAGACAGAAAAAAAUGUUUACAUCAGGUCAUCGGACUAAACAAUUUGACUGUGAUCUUAAUUUAGCCAAAUUAAUGAUCAAUGAGAUCGAUUUGGCCAUGACUAAACAUGAACACUUGGACUCUAAUCUUUGAAUUAACUCAAUAAAUAUAUUCACUUAUAACGAUAUUGUGUAUUGCAUAAGUUUCGAUUUGUGGUGAUUCAUUUAAAUACUACUUGAUUACAAUUGUAUACUUCUUUUCAGUAACUGUUAUCCGAUUAUGAUAAAUAUUCUCUCUCUCUCUCUCUCUCUCUCUCUCUCUCUCUCUCUCUCUACCUACCUACCUACCUACCUACCUACCUACCUACCUACUUAGCCCAUUUGAUUUUGUUGACAACUGUGUUUUUUUCUAUGAUAUUUUGAUGCUAUUGGACAAACUAUUUUUUUUUCUAAUUGAGUUACACCUACAUAUACACAAGGAAAAUAUUGUGAUUUAUAAUUUUCUUAAUCGCAUAUACAUACCUAUAAAUCUAUUAUUAUCAUCCGUUAACAGAAUUAAUAACAGAUUCUCUCUAUAUGUUAUUAUCCAUUCUUUAAUUGAAUUAUAAUGUAUAGCUGAUAAGAAUCCGUUUUUUUCUUUUGAUUAUAUCCAGUUGUAAUUUGGUUAGAAUGGUUGAUAUUCCCCCCUACUAAUAAUAAUUACACAAUCUAAAUAACUUUAAAUUCUUGUUAAUGACACUUUGACAAUUAUGUCAUAGCCUUAGAGUUAUUAUUUUAUUAUUGUAGGACUUUUUCUUAUUAUUCAUUAAAUAAAACUCUUACUUCAUGGGAGACAUACAAGUGUAUCGUUCAGUGAAUGAUUGUCAUAAAACGUUGACUACUAAUUAAACUUAAGUAGAAAUGCAUAUGCAGUUUAAGAAAUCGU